AUGCAAGCGGUCCAUGAAGGGCACUCUGGCCUUGAGCAGCCGGGUCUGGCAGAGACUGCCGUAAGAGACCCGUCGCUCAAGGGCCCAGCACCCAAGAACAUCGCCUUCGAGUUGCUUUUGGAUGAAAACUCCAAGGUUCGAGCUCGUAUUCCCAUGCGCGUUCAAAUUUAUCCUCAUGAUACGACGGAUUCGAUUGUGACGACGGUCAAAAAUUUCUAUGGCAUCUACGAUGGUACUGCCAGUGGGGUUAGCUUCGAGGAUGAACAUGGAAUCACCCUCAUCGCAAGGUACGAGAACCUCAAAAACAACAGGACUGUAUAUGUGCGAGUCAUUCCCAUCCAACCUUUCGGGGAGAAUUUCUACAAUGGCUUCCCUGUCGAGCCUCGCAAGCGGCCUAGUCUGGCGGAGCCUUUCCAGAUGGCCGAUGGCAUGGCGCCAGUGCUGGACCAGCCAUCGCGCCCUGCAUCACGCAUGGCUAGGAAGCGCAGCACUUCCCCUUCCAAUAGGAGUAUGCGCAGCGCUUCUCAGCACAAGCCAGGCUCUCGUGCGGGUAACAAAAGCCGUGGCUCGAGUAUCCAUGGUGGCUUCAAUGAUGAUGACUACAGUGAUACAGAGAGCGCUUAUGCUCGCAGGGCUCGCAAUGAACUCUUCGCUAGCUCUGAUAUCAGCAUGGAAAACAUACUACAAGAUGGUCGUCGGAAACGACCCAAGUUCGACAGCUCUGAACUUCCCUUAUUUGUUCCUCCUCAAGUGCCCCUCACUACCUCUACCUCCUCCGUCUCUCCUCAACGUCGAUCGAUUGGUCAGGAAGGCGCUGGGUCGCCUUUUGCCCGCCCUCCUCAACGCCCAUAUAGUUAUCAACAAGCGCUUCCAUCGCCGCAAAGCUAUGGUCACAGCGAAUAUGGUGUUCAAUCGGGCCGCAAUACGAUGUAUGCGACACCCGUUGUCCCCGACAAUAAUCGCAUGCGCGACGCCUCCGGAGGCUACUCGGCUAGCCGAGUGAGUGGCCCGGGGGUAUUGCCCACGCCUGAUCCCACUAUUGCAAGCUGCAUCUCUGAUGAAGAUGUCGCGAUGCAAUUGAUACGUCUGGGCGAUGCGUCCAAUUUCUCUCACGGUCGCACGUCGGCCUCAACAUUGGACGACGCCUUUAGCGGUGCUGCUGAUGCCGCCUCAUCUACUGGCGCUACCAGUGAUGGUGAAGACUUUAGUGAGGAUGAGGAUGACUUGCCAGCUCGUCGCCAGAGGCUAGACUCCAGUCCAAUGCUUCCACCUGGCACCAUCAAGCGCCACCACAAGGGACUGGAUGACAUCCUCCCUAGCGCUGACAGCAGUGACCACAGCUCAGAUGGUGCCGAUGACGGCAUCAAGAGUGAAGGUGAAGAGGACAUCCUGUACAAGGAGUUCGCUCCCAAGGCAAAGAAGCCCAAGAGCCGUCCUAUGUCAUUUAAGGUUCGCAGCCAGAAGCAGCCAUCUGUGAAGCAGGUCAAGAGCAAGAUCGCUGCGCCGGCUCCCCGUAAGCCGUCUGACAAGUCGGCCCCUCCUGUGCCGCCUCUCAGUCCAGCUUCUUCCCGUAAGGUCUCGGGAGGCUCGGUCAACUUCCAGCAUCAACUCGGUGCGGAUGAGGAAGACCUGUCGACCAAGCCUCGCUGCCAACGAUGCCGCAAGAGCAAGAAAGGCUGUGACCGCCAACGUCCCUGCGGACGCUGCAAGGACGCCGGAAUUGGUAUUGAAGGCUGUGUUAGUGAAGACGAAGGAAACGGCCGCAAAGGCCGUUACGGCCGUCACAUGGGCGUUCCCGUGAAGAAGAACGGAGAAGAAAUGCUAGAAGACGAAGACGAGUUUCCAGCAAUGCCAGCGACGCCUCCUAUUUCUGCGUCUAUGGCAGACAAGAAUAAGAAGCGGAAGCGCUAG